CUUAUACAAAAAUGGGAAACUGCCAACAAUGUAAUAAUAUUGGUCCAGUUAAUUAGACAUCAGAAAUCAGAACAAAAUUUACAAUAUUGAAUAAGUCUAAACAUGCUCUUAAUCUUACAAAUAAGUUUACUCCCAAAAAUGUAUAAGGAGUUAUUAAAAUACAAGCUGUAUUUAAAGGAUAUAUUGCCAGAAAGUAUUAUUAUUUAAAAUUUGCAAAUAGAUAAUUUUCUAUUCUAUCUACAUAACAAAAACAUAGUUCACCAAUUUUAAAUGAUGAAAUUUGUGGGUUUGAUACUUUCUGCAAUAAUAAUGAUUCUCCCAAUCAACCUUAGUCUUUAUUAAUCAAAAAAAAUAUGAUAUAAGAUAAUUUAGAAGAAGAAGGAGAAUAGAAAAGUUAAAAUUUAGCAAAAGAUAAUUAAUAUUAUCAAUAUGGUAAUAAAAAGGAUAUUCCUGAUAAUGAAAGUUAGAGUCAUGCAUCAAGUUUAAAAAAAUAAUUUUCUUUUGACAUGAAUAGUCUUUGUUUUAUUCCGAAAAGCAAAAACGAUCAAUUAUUGAUUUCAACUGAAACAUAAAUAAAACUACCAAUAAUCUAAAUGAUUAAUGGAGCUUAUUAUGAAGGUUAAUGGAAAAAUGGAUAAGCAAAUGGUUUUGGUAAAUAUAUUUUGACAGACACUUCAUCUUAUGUUGGAGAAUGGGUUAAUAAUAAAGCCAAUGGUUUUGGUACAUUUUAAUUAACAGAUGGAGAAUAUUUUAGAGGUUUUUGGAUUGAAAAUAUAGUUGAAGGAUAAGGUAAAUAUACAUUUGAAGAUGGUACCUUUUAUGAAGGUGAAUGGAAAAAUGAUUUACCAAAUGGUAUUGGAGUUUAAACUUAUUCUAAUGGUUGGAAAUAUGAAGGUAUAAAUAUUAUAUAUCUAAGAAAGGAAGCUUUCUAAAUGGAAUCAAAAAUGGAUAAGGAUUAUUACAAUUUCCAGAUGGAUCUAUCUAUUAAGGGUUAUUUGAAAGAGAUGUUCCUACAGGAAUAGGUACUCUUAAAUUCUAAGAUGGAAGAAAUUAUGUUGGAGAUUGGAAAAAUGGACAUAAACAUGGAAAAGGAAUAUUUUAAUGGCCAGAUGGAUCUAAAUAUGAUGGAUAUUAUAUUAAUGAUGAAAGAGAAGGCUAUGGAAUACUUUUUUGGCCAAAUGGCUAAAAAUAUCUUGGCUUAUGGAAAUAAGGAUUGUUUCAUGGAAAUGGAUAACUUAUUAAACCUAAUGGUACUAUUAUCAGAGGAAAAUGGAUUAAAGGAAAAAGAAUACAAUCUAAAUUAAAUACUAAUGCAUCAGGAAAAACUAAAACCUCUUAAAUUGAUUGA